CAGCGGAGGCAGGUGAACACCGACCGAAGGUCAGUGCGGCAGCUCGUUCUCCAUCCUACCGGCUGAGACACUCGGGAGCGCAAACAUGACGGCAGAGCAGCGACAUGUGAUCAGCGUCCGCAUUAUCGGAGGAGUCCACAGGGACGCACCGAAACUCAAGAUGUUCAUGGUGUCUGUGCUGUGGUCUGAUGGGGCUGAAGUGAUCAUCUACAGGUCCUUCCAGGAUUUCAAGAAAUUCCAUGCGCAGCUGAAGAAGAGGUUCCCUCACAUGAAUCCUUUUAAGAAAAACGACAGGAUGAUCCCCAAGUUUAGAGGAAAGGCCCGGAGGAGCAGCAUGCAGCAGAAAGGCUCCAAGAAGUCUGUGAGGCGAAUGAAGUUCCUGGAGAGCUACUGCGACAAGCUGAUGAAGUGCGAACAGACUGUGACCCAGAGCUCAGAGGUCACCCGAUUCUUCACGCCUAAAGACCACGACCUGCAGCCAGACUUCACUAAGAACAGUGUCAUGAUCCUGAGGCCUGAUGAUCUGUCGGAUGGCUCUGGUGGGGGAGGAGGUAGCGUCCACCAGCCAGCAGGCAACGUCACUCACCCGUUUGUCACCCAGACUUACCGCUGUGUGGCCGCUUACGAAACCAAAGACACCAAGAAUCGUCCAUUUAAGGUGGCCGUGGACGAGAAGCUGGACGUCCUGAUCAAAGACCCUGCAGGUUGGUGGCUGGUGGAGAAUGAGGAUAAGCGCCUGGCCUGGUUUCCUGCUCCCUACCUGGAGCUACUGGAAGGAGAGGAUGAUGACGAGGCUGGAUUUCCGCCAGGAGGUGCUCUGUACUGUGCCGUGAAGAGCUACUCGACUAAGAAGGAUGACGAGGUGUCUGUGUCCAUCGGCACUGUGGUCGAGGUGCUGAGGAAGUCUGACAACGGCUGGUGGCUCAUCAGGGUUAAUAAUAAGGCAGGUUACAUCCCCUCCAUGUACCUGCAGCCCUACAACAACCCACGUGCAGGUAUUUACAGUUUGAACAGGAAGCUGCAUAGCUCCACUCUAAACCUGACAACCAGCAGGGAUCCUCAGACUGCUCAUCCAGCAGGCAUCGGUGAAGAAGCCAGCCCACGACAGGAACCUGCAGGUCCAUCCAGACCUCAACUCAGCGGCCCCAGUCUCCACAAGGCCCAGUCCCUGGAUGUUCUCUCUGAGUCCUGGCAGCAGACACAAACAGGGCCGGACGCCUCGACCUCGGAGAUCCGUGAACGCAGCAUGAGCAACGUCAGCCUCGAGUCCAGCUUCUCUGACUUCUCAAGCCAAGGCUCAUCCUCAAGUCUUAAAGAUGAGAACCAGAGCGGCUCAGAGCGUCGUGCACAGCAGUCCGAUGAAAGCGGCAGUUCACGCAGCAGCCCUGAUGUCAGCCACAGCCCCAACACCAGCUUCAACAGCUCAAUCAGGUCCGAUGAGUCGGCCACUCCCAGGGUGCCGCCUCGACCCAAGACUGAGGAGAUCCUGAGCCGCUGCACCACCAUGACACGUAAGGCAGCCAUGGCCACCAAGGCCCGGCUUCAGAUCCAACCAGAGACCAUCCACAGCCGCCUGUGAACCCAAAGAUCCAGUGCUACAUGUUACAUACCCUGGACUGUUCAUAAUCACACUCUUUUUUUAUUCAUUAUAUGCACAUAUAAAAUAUUUAACCUCUUCAACACCACAGUCGAAUGUGUUUUGUGCAGCAUUGUUCAUCCUUUAGAAACCUGGACAAGACAAAUUUUUGUUGAAUUCCAUGACAUUUCCAUUUCAUCAAAUGGAACAUGGCAUCUUAAGUUUGAAUAUUUUACUCAUAAGAAAAAUGUAGCUUCAGUGAAGCAUUAAAGGGAGCAGGUGCAAGGAAAUGUAUGUGACGUACAGUCAUGCAGAGGUACAAAGAAAUACUUUUUUUUAUUAAGCUUGCCUAGGAGGAAAUUGAAAUAGAUUGUUGGAGUUGAAGAGGUUAGAAAUUUACUCUUAGCUUUAUUUUAUAUUUCCCUGUUUCAGUUUUGGGGGCUGUUUUUAACAUAGAAAUCAGUGGAUGUGGUAAAUUCUGAACUGUCUAAAAUAUGAUACAUAUUUGAUUACAUGAUAUAAUAUCUUUUUGUGCUUCAUCAUUCACUGCUGUAUUUGUACUGUUUAGUAUAAUUUCCUAGUGUAUAUGUAAAUACUGUCUCCAAAUGCAAAUGAAGUUAUGACCUCCAGCAGGUUAGAAUGUUGUGAAGUAGCAGCAGCAAAGAACAAGUCAGUGAACGCACUGACUGCCAACAUGAAGGCCUUUUGAUCGACUGCCAGAAUCAGAGCACUGAAACAUGACAUACUCAGUAAACAAGCCCAAAUAGAUGACUUUAUGAGUGUCCUGCCAGAACAUGUUCUUUAUCAGUGAUAACCUCCUUUUUUGUUUGUCUUUUUGCAUGGAUGUUGUUCCUUUAUGUACAUUAUACACUGCAUAUUAACCUGUGUGAGCUCACAGUGUAACUUUACAAGAUCUUAGCGUGGCAGUGAAAUCAAUAAAAUGCUAUUUAACAAGA